AUGACCACCUCCUCAUACCUUGGUCCAGCCGGAUCCUUCAUUCCCUAUUUUCUCAAAUCUAUAACCCUUUCUCGGUUCGCCAAAACCACACCCCUAGACCUCACAGGGCAAACAGCCAUUAUCACUGGCGGAUACUCCGGCAUCGGAUACAAAUGCACAGAGAUCCUCCUAUCCAACAAACUCUCCCACCUGGUAAUCACCGUCCGCAACGAAAGAAAGGGAAACGACGCCGUGGCCAAACUACGCAGUCUCCAUCCCGGCGCAACAAUCGAAGUAUGGCCCCUCGACAUGCUCUCCUACGCCUCCAUCCAAGCAUUCGUCAAGCGGUGCAACGACGACCUACCCCGAAUCGAUUUCAUCAUCCUGAAUGCCGGCAUGGUGAGUGGCGAAUUCUCCAUCCAUGAGAGAACAGGCCACGAAGUUUGCUUCCAGGUGAACUACCUCUCAACAGCCCUCUUGACAAUCCUGCUCCUCCCAAUCCUGAAAGCAAAGCGGGACCCUAAACAGGAUAAGCAAAGCCGCAUCACAUUGGUCGGGUCAGGCUUAGCCCUAUCGGCCAACUUCCCUGAACGGAACUCCCAGAGUGUCAUUGGGGCCUUUGACAGCCAGGAAUAUUUCAGCAGCGUCGACCGAUACAGCACGACGAAACUCCUUUUGCUUAUCUUCAUCUCGAAACUCGCGCCGUAUGUUGAUCCUAGUGAUGUCGUCGUCAAUGUCGUGGACCCGGCAUUCGUCGCCACGCCUGGACUGGACAGGAAUAUUCCAGCUUAUCUGAGGUACAUCAACGGGCUUAGUCGGAUGAUGGUUGCGAGAAGUAUUAAGGCUGGGGCCUGGGCAUAUGUUGAUACGGCGGUUGUGAAGCCGAGUAGUACUCAUGGGAGCUGGCUUGCGAAUUGGGAGGUUCAUGCGUUUCCCAAGGUCAUGUACUCCCCCGAGGGCAAGAAGGCUGGUGAUACACUGUGGGAAGAGACACUGGCUGAUUUGGACUGGGCUGGUGUGCGCGGUAUCCUGUCGGCUAUGGGGAAGGGGAAUACUUGA